AUCGCAAUUACAUUCAAUUUAACCUUUCCAAAGUGACCUGACGCAGCUACAGCUCAUGUUGUCCCUCAGUCACGCGUACCCCACCUUUUCGCACGCGGUCCUUGCCCAGUAAGGCUGGACCUGCAGCUGCAACUGUUGCCUGUGCCUGCCAUAGCGGACACGCCAAACUCGCCCGCGCAAACAACCCGCUGUCUCGCCAGCUCACUCAGUCAUGAGUGCGCAGCAUCAACACAUAGAGCAGUCCCAUGCUGCGGGUGAGCCAGCGAUCUCCACCUCGCCGUCGCCGCCGCGCCGCGACCCUGUGGAAGACGUAGACGACAACUUUACCCGCAAACGCCAACGCCUGGAUGACGGCGGCGCUGUUCUGCGCGCAACGUCGACCGACUCAGAAUCUCCAAGCAAAGCAAUCACCUCGCCGCACAAAGAGAUGGUCGCCAUGACCAUACGAGAGCAUUCACCUCCAUCUCCGUCGCCUGCAGAGGACAACGAGCACGACCACAUUGCUACUGGAUCCUCUACCAAUCGAACAUCAACACCCACAAAGGUGCCCUCGAUGCUAGAUGGCGCAGAUGACGACCCUACCAGUCCGCCUGUUAUUGAGAUCAUCGACGACGAUGAAGACGAGCUGUCAGCUGGAUUUACAGUGCAGCUCAAUGCCGAGGGUUACUUUAGACAGUUCCCUUACCAUGAUCGCUUCAGGAACGCCUUACAGGCACUACGUGAAAUCACCAACCAUGUGCAGAAGAACCUAGAUAUCCCUGCCGACCUCCUUCCAUUGUUGGCCCAGUGGCUCCACGGUCUCCCUGACGACGUUUUGACCCAUUUACAAAGCUUCUACAUAAGCAAAGGAAUGUUCUGGAUCGACUUCGCGGACCUGGUUGAAAAGCUUCUGAAGCGGAGGUACCAAUGGAUGACUGCUCUUAAUGCUGGCCAAGAUGAUGACAUGAGCAGAUACCCAUUCGGUGAACACUUCGGCGAUGACGCGGCGGUAGACGAGGCUUUCUCCGGAUUCUUCAGCGCCUACAUGCGACUAUGUUCUCAUUUGUUUCUCGUCGACGUAAAUCUAUUAAACCGGCCACGUCCCGGGGAACAAUGUUCUUCAUCUUUGCUGAGCGAAAAGCAUCUGUGUCACCUUCACACGAUUCUUCGCAGCGAAAAGGCUCCGUUGUUUCAUUUACUGCGCAGAGAGUAUGCUGUCGAUGUACGCGAUAUGAGCAAUCGCCUGCACACAGAUUUUCUCACGGCCAACGGCGCUCAAAAUCUACUGAGGCUAGCUGACGAAGCUUAUCGUAACGUGUCGACGAUCUUACAGACCCACAUUGCUAUGUACAUGUGCCAGGUGUUGGGGACGCUGGGCUGGACCAUCUGUCGAUUCCCAACCGCCCGAAACGGCAUCGAUCCCGCAGAAUACUACCGUGGAACCUUACUAUUCUUUCGGAAGUACAGUGAAGACCUCCAAGAUCCAGCAAAGAUCACUGAUGCUAGUGUGGCAAGGGACCUAGUCAUUUACUUCUCCCAUCUCGCACAAGAGCUUUGUCAGUGGGAUGAGGAAAGCGCCAAAAGUCUGGCGGACGAAUUACUGGACCUACAAGACCCUGACUCACCUACGAGCACGCAGGCUAGCGCAGAUCUGGACGACUAUCGCCAAUACCCCGAUAUUCUCCCUGUUAUGAUUGCAAACGCCUGGAAAUUCAAACUGAUGCGCAAGUACAUCGUGAAAGGAAGAAUGGAACUGCGGGUUAUGAGUAUCGCCUUCAUGGACGAAGCGCUUGUCAGCCUGCACAAGGAGUAUCAUGACUCGAACUCACCAGACAAACACCCUGUUCUGCGAUACCUGGCCGAUAUUCUUCUUCGCGGACGGGUGGUGGACUACAUCAUAAGCGUAGAUUCGCAUCCGCAAUUGAUCUCUCGGAGCGGAAAUAUCGCGGGCUUUCUCGUCGUCACCGACCGAUGGGUGGACAGCCAAGCCGAUGCCGUCUGGAACAUUGUGUCUCACAGCCCGGAUCCUCGCGUGGUCACCGCCACAAUGACCAUGCUUAGAAACAUCAUUAAUUUGAUGAAGCCCGCAGAUCAUCUCUAUCUGUGCAUGAAGCUUCAUGACUUGCCUAUCGAAAGCUUUACAUUGGACGUGUUGCGCUUCUUGCGAGAGUUGACCGAGAAACUUUUGGAUCGAUGUCCAUCUGUGGACUGGAGCCUGAGAGGUGACUCUGCAAGACCUUGGAAUGUCUGCGUCCGGUUGCUCCAAGAUACUGCACCUAGAAACGGUGCGACCAAGCACGACCUAGAUCUCAACACUGAAGCCGACGAUCAGCUGCGCUCGCUGGCACGUAACAUCCCAGAUUCUGAUCAACAUUCCAUCUACGAAAGAUGCUUGAAGCAGAUCAUCGCACGAUCUGAUGCGGCUACAGGGUCGGUGAGGGUGAUCUUCAUCUUGAUUUCUUUCGGAGAUACGACAUUUUUACAGCAAAACGGUGAUAUGGUGCGCCAGGUCCUUGAAGAGAUACCAUCUUUCGUCAAAUCGGAGGCCGCGAGUACUCCUCAUUGUUAUCAACUACCGGCCUUGCAAUAUCGACUUGAGCUCCUUGCGUUCCUGGCCUGUAGAGUUGGCCAGCUGAUUCCAGAAGAUCUUUACGAAGGCUUGUGGGAACACAUGGUCGGCCAGCAUGCUUUAUCAAGUCAUGCUCGCGAUGUGGCCUGGGCUCAACUUCUACAAGCGACCAAGGUUUCGCCCAACAACGACUUUUGCCGACAGCUGAUCUUAACGUAUGUGCCGGCUAUGGACCCAGAGUACUACACGCCUGGCUUGUACGAGUUUGUGGCGAACUACAACUUCCCUAUCGCACGAAAGACUGUUCAGGUCGACGGUGUGGAGCAUUCACUCCUGCAGAUUCCGGGUGGUGACCUCCUCUGGUCUCUGGCUCUGUCUAGCCCUCCUGGUACUAUUGAAGAGCUCGCAGCUUGUGACCUUGCCGCUCGGUAUACUCAGCUUUCUCCGAGUCGAGAUGUCACUCUUUCGGAGGUUGAAGUCGCUCAUAUUGAGCUGGUCGAGCGGUGCAUGAAAGAACUGAGAACCGCUUUUGGAGUGCUGUGCGAAGAGUCUGAUGGAAUUCAAGACAGUAGGCUUCGAUUCAGUCGCGUUUUGAUGUUCCAGAAACAAUUGCUCGAACUGAUAAGGCAGAAGCCUGAGUUCAAUCGUGCGCGCCGAGCAGACUCGAAGGUUGAGUCAAUGGAUACUGGCAUUCCAGUUGCGAACGCCAUUACUAUCAGGUAUCAGAUCGGCAAUGAAAGGCAAAGCGUAGCAAUUGCACCGGACCGCACAGUUGCAGAUUUGUAUCGUAGCUUGUGCCACGCGACUGAGUGCUCGAAGCUCAAUCUCUUUGCAGGAGGUCAGAAGCUUGACGUAGCUCAGCGAGCCGACCAGAAGGUUUCCGAUGCCAAUAUUGGCGGUCAACUACUUGUGCAAGCAGUUCAGAGAGACGAGACAGCACAGGCGAUAAACGCACCGGCUGCGGGCUUCUCUGAGUUCGAGACUAAUCUGGUCAAGCAUUUUGACGAAAUGUUCGGAUGGAUGGACGCGGAUGACGCGACAAGUCAGCUGCUCUUCGACUUGUUGACUAUGUUUCCGUACCGCAGCACAAUCACUAAUAGUGUGGCUGCUGGUGAGGCAACACUCGAAAGUCUGUUUCCACCUGGCAAGUUUUUCCAGGCGAAAUAUGCCGCCCAGGCCAUACACAGCAGGCUUAAAGAUCAGCUACGUAGUUCAGCACUGGAUGAGACUUUCUUGGUCAACGCUAUUAAGCUUCUUGACCGUGCGUUACUCAGUGAAGAGCUUCUCGGGCACAACGUUCCUGCUUCUAGUGGACUGCCACUUGCAGCUGUUUUCAUCAGCGCCAUGUUGGAUUUUCUCAGAGAGCGCCCUUCCUCCGACCUGUCGAAGGACUACUUUUCGGAUGCACCCACUUUGGCAGAUCGUCUUGUGAACAUUCUUGUGACUGCCAUUCGGACGACCGGUGCUACGAAAGUCACGCAAGAGUGCUAUGCGGUAAUCCUAGAAGCUUCGUUGUACUCUCCAGUUAUCUGGCAGACGUUCUGGGGGCACUCCGAAGUUUCUCACAUUCAUCGAACGCUUCUGUUGACCGAUAGGCGGGAGAACCUUCGGGAAUAUAUCAAGCUGAAGGUCCUUUCAGUCUGCGGCGGCCACCUUCCAUCCUCCUGUCCGUUGAGCACAGCCGAUAUUGCUUCACGCUAUUGGAUCGCCAUUGCAAGCAUCUUGGCCGGUGUUGCUCACGAAGCUGAGCAGUCAGUGCAGCUUUUCGAACUUGGUCAGCAUGUCUUCCGAGUCUACGAUGAACAUCACCGUAGCGAGGAUAAUCUGCGCUCGCUCCUUCGCAAUUGGAGCUCUUGGCUGUUGGCUUACAAUCACACCGAACUCCCGGGCCGAUACGAGAUCGACAACGUUGUUUUGGGUUUCACCAAGCUACUCUUGUGUCUUGUACCCUCAUUGAAGUCGUACAAACAUCCUUUGAACGCUGGCGCGCUCAUCUCAUCUAUCUUCCAAAGGUUCCUCUUCACCAGCGCAUCAUCUGUCGAAGAUGCAGCACAAGUAGACAGCUCUACCUCGGCUUCGCGUCCUAUCCUUGAAAGUACCACACGAGGGGAGCUCUACGAUCUCAUGCUAGCUCUAGCCGACGACAGUCAAUCCUAUGAGCGCCUGCUUCGACUCUCUGGCGACGUUGAGAACAAAGCUGUCAAUAACGUUUUGCCUAGUCUCUCAGUUGACCGUACCAUCGAGGUUCGCUCUCGAACAGGAUACGUCGGCUUACACAAUCCUCGCGCUAUCUGCUACAUGAACUCUUUACUAGCGCAGCUGUUCAUGAACCUGAACUUCAGACAGUUCAUGCUUGGCCUCGAGGUGAAAGAGGGUGACGGGUCCCAACGACUGCUGCUGGAGACCCAGAAACUUUUCGCGACGAUGCAGAAUUCGUACCGCAAGGCUGCUGAUCCACGGCCCUUUGCAGAAUGUAUAAUGACUCUGGACAAGACGCCCAUCGAUAUCGGAGUCCAAAUGGACGCUGAUGAAUUCUACAACCUGCUUUUCGACCAAUGGGAGGCACAGCUUGUGAACGAACAAGAUAAGCGACGAUUUCGCAAUUUCUACGGCGGACAGAUGCUGCAACAGGUCAAGUCGAAAGAGUGUGAGCAUGUGUCGGAACGCGCGGAUUCAUUCUUUGCCUUGCAAUGUGAUGUGCAAGGCAAGGCCAAUCUGCAGGAAAGCCUGCAAGCCUUUGUCCAAGGCGACGUCAUGGAGGGAGACAACAAGUACAAGUGCGAAUUGUGUGGCGGUAAAUUCGUCGACGCCGUGAAACGGACAUGCCUCAAAUCUGCGCCGGACAAUCUGAUCUUCCAUCUGAAACGAUUCGAUUUUGAUCUAACCGACUUCAGCCGGAAGAAGGUUCAUGAACAUUUCGGCUUCCCGGAGACGAUCGACAUCGGACUAUACAACGUCGAUCACCUCAGUGACCCUUUGAAGCCGCAUAUAGAAGAUAUCUUUGACCUCGUUGGCGUUGUCGUACACUUUGGCAAUUGUGAGAAUGGUCAUUACUAUUCUUACAUCCGAAAGCGGCCCUGCCCAACCAGCGAUGCCUCACCUACCUGGCUCAAUUUUAACGAUGAGGCGGUAGAUCCAUUCGAUCCAGCAGAAAUACCCCAGAAGGCAUUUGGCGGGCCUGUAGAGGAUGCUUACACCCGUCAGUACAAGUUGUACUCUGCUUACAUGCUGUUCUAUCAGCGGAGGACAGCCAUCGCAAAAGACCAACAGCAAUGGACCGUCUCGUCACAAGCACAGCCGCCAAAGGUCGAAGUUCCUCGGGCUAUUGAACAUGACAUCGACCUCAAAAAUGAGCUCUUCAUCCGAGAGUACUGUCUCUUUGAUCCGUAUCAUUCAGCGUUUGUGCGACAGCUGCACGGCGCUUCACGCAGGAUCAACAAUGGGACCUGUUCAGAGAACCAUGAACAGGAGACGCGCGCUCUUGACGUCUUCCUAGCGCACCUCGGCCGUGUAGUCUGGCGCCAACAGACUACUGGAAUAUUCGAAGAGGCUCUUUUUCACCUUCGUCAAUCAGUUCUGUCGUGCGAGGUGUGCUGCAGUGUAACCCUUCAGUGGCUUGCACGGGACGAUGAGGUACUGCACAAUUUGCUUUUGCGGUGUCCUUCCCCAAGCAUCAGGUCACAGACGAGAUCAUUUAUAGUCGACAGCCUCAGGUACCUUCGCGACAAAGACGUUUUUCUGUACGGUACGACCACAGACAGCGACAUGGUCUUAGACUCUGCAGAAGUUGAUGGAACAAUUAUCCCGAUCGCAAAGCGAUUAGCGAUACUCGCUGAAAGUUCAUCGAGGAACUCCAGGGCCUGGGACGAUCUGUACCUGACGUUGACGCAAGUAGCUGAGAUGGGCCAUGUUGAGACGGCCGCAUUAUUGGAUACUGGCAUCUUGAACUUCUGCCUACAACUCUUCUGCAUGCACGUCCGUCCCAGGAAUGUCGGGGAACAUGACGACUUUUCUCGAGUCUUUGACAAAAGGACGGGCGUCUACAAUAGGCUCAUAGGCUUUGUGUCUACCAUGCUCUCGCGCAUGGACAUGAAUCUACCGAUCUGCGAUACGUCGGAUCGAAUGGCCGAGAUCGAUCACGAGCGGAUGGUUUUCCCGCUCACCCCAUACGAAAAAAGCUCACUGCUGUGUUGGCAGGGCGAGCUGAAGGCAUAUGCAGUCGUGGACAAGAUGGUGGAGUUGUUCGAUCAGGCCAAAACGGAAUCUUUCUACCCUGGGGAGGUAGUCAAGUGGAUGACCGGAUCACUCGACAAUCGCGUACACCGCAACAUACUCAACAUGAUUGUGCAAGGCAUUAGUGAGCUUAACAAUCCUUACUGCGACGCAUAUCUACGAGUCGCCUCGUGCUACUGCGAGGCAAUUACCACUCUGGAGGCACUCGGCAAAGUCUGCAGCACCGUCGUUGACGCCAUUGCGACGAUCGAACAACCCUCUGAUGAGAAGAAUUCCCCUAGUGGUGGAAUUGCCUUGCGCUUCUUCAAGGACGUGUUCAGAUUGAGCAACCCACAUCUAUCAGCAGCAGAUAUCCACUGGCAUCUCAUCGCCAAGAGCGACAGAUUCGCCAACCCGUUGCUCCUGUAUUCUGACGAGAGUGUUCGCAACGGCGCGCAUGAGUUCAUCCGCGAUCUUUACACCAAGUACAUGGAGGAUCCGCAAAACUUGGACGAGGCAUACAAGUGUGCCAGAGCCACCGCUGCUGAGAUUGUCAAGAGGAUUGCAUAUGAAUCCAGCUCCGGCAUGCCGCGCAGGCAUCUCAAACCAUUGGUCGAGUCGGGUAACUUCCUCGUCGCUUUGCUCUAUAACUUAGAUCAAAGCGAAGAUCCAGGCCUGGCCGCCUUCAAAAAUGAGAACGACAAAGCCCUGGUCUACCAGUGGCAAGUCGAAGUCGAAUCGCGGGUGCGCAUGCUGCCCGAGGUCAGCCUCCCGAGCCCGGGUGAGGGGGCAUUUGAUGCAUCUGACUACGGCAGUGAGUCUGAUGAUAUCGGGCUUCUUGAUCCGUGAGCUGUUCAUUGACCGCGUCAAUCCUUACAGAUUUCCCGAGUUCGACCAAUGCGGUCUUUAGCUCUGAUGGUAGUUCGGAUAGCUCUGGGGACUUGGAAGAGAUUAUACGAAGGCGAAGAGUGACUCGACACCGAUGAGGAGGUGGGAUAUGGCAGGCGGGUGCUGAGCUUACGGCGUUACGAGUUUAUGGUAUCGGUUCUUGAUUUGGGAACGCGGAGGCAUUCGAUGGAGUUUCUUGGUGUACGAGAAGCCUGAUGACCACUCGGUGAGGUGCAUUGGUUGGAGGGGUUACGAACAUUCAUAGCAUAGCGUUGGCGAUUGGCAACUGGCGACUGGGGACUGGGGACUGGGGACUGGAGACUGGGGACUGGGGUCUCGGGAUGUGUUACGAUCAAUCAUGAACACGAGCAUGGAGCU